CUCAGGGGACUCAGUUGAUAGCUAGCGCGUGCAACACGUCAUUACACUACCAAAUAUCCAGAUUAUUACAACAGCGGUUAAUCAGUGCAUUGCGAUAUGGGUGUGUUUUCAUGUUAAAUACUAACUGUAAUCGGUAAUACUUUACACAAGUAUACUGCAUUUCCUACCUACUAUCAUUGCGAACCAGAAGAAAUUACCCAACUCACGUUAAAGUGAUUCACUGAACUUUCAGCGUUCACCAAGCUGUGCUUAUAUAAAAGUAUGCAAAUGAAUAACCUGUUCAACUUGAGUGUCGGAACGGCAAUAUGUCUGCUUGCCCUAUGUACCACGUUGGAAGCUUUUCCUUAUGCACAUAUGUGUUCAGACUGCUUACCCAAUGAUGAAGAAUGCAUACUCAAAUGCUCCAUUCAGGAACAGGAAACGAACAGCCUUAAUUCCAUGUUACAAGCAGCGACGACGCAGAAACGAUAUCAGCACCAGUUAAGGUUCGGAAAACGCGAUUCAUAUGGAAUUACCGGUCAGAAGGAUAUUCUAGAGGAGUCAUUUCGCCCGCAGCUACGGUUUGGAAAGCGAUCAUAUUUGCAGUCGAAACGCAGAUUUAUGUCACAUAUUCGAUUUGGAAAACGAGACCAGUUCGAUUUCAGAUCACGACACCCACACGGAAGAUUUGAACGAGACCCGGAGGAACAGCUCGCAUCCCUGAACACACCGAGAACCGACUCUGGAGUUUUAGAAUUGCCAGCUGUUUUUUGCGGCAGAAGACAAGAAAAAAGAUUUCGACCACAAGGUCGUUUUGGAAAACGAUUUGAUCUUAGGAGGGAAACAUUAAACGAAGACACUGACUUACCAUUAUAUACAGGCAAUCUGCAGUCUACAUCCAAAGUAGGGAUACCACGUGCGUUUGAUGACACGAACGAUUUACGUAUUCAAUUACAUGACAAGUAGUCAAUGUAACGGUGGAACCUGACAGGAUACAGAAUCAUUUUUGGGACAACCACACAUAAUGAGGAUACUUCGCUAUUGUUUGCGGCCUACCUGUCAACAGCUGCAACACUUUGUGCUGAAGAAACGCUCCUUUUACAUUAGAAGUUUUCAAAUUAUUGUAUAAAGAUAUAGGUUUGAAUCUAACGGGACGUAACUAAUUCGUUAAUUGUAUAAAGCCUUCUCUUCUGUGCCGUCGUGUUCAGCUGAAUUAAACAAGCAAGCAUAUCAUUGUAAUAACGAGAAACAAAGCGAAAUUACCUCUGUCUCAGAGGUGAAGAACAAAGCAUAAGUGACCAUCACAAUCAAUGUAAACAUACAGAACGUCAAUGGAAUAUUGACCAAACACAAAUACAAUGAAGAGUGAAUGUAACAUUAGCGUUACAGAUGUUCUUAUAGCAUAUGGAUAUCAUUUCAGUGUUCCAUCUAUAAUGAACCUCUGACUGUUGGCUGAUACUUAACAAUGUAUGUAACCAUACAUGCUGGUAAAGGCAUACGUGAUACGCACUAAAAAUACGUUAAUGAUUUAUACAAAGUCAUGGAUUUCUGAAGUCAGAUUAUCACUUAGCACAAUCAAAAAACAUUUUAAGGCGGUUUCUCGCGAUAAGAGGCUAUGAGUCAAGACUGAUCAAUGAAAUUAGCAUUCCCUUCGAUGCGUCACAUUCAUUAAUCAAACUUCAAUACAUCUUAUGAAGUGGUUUUAGCGGUAAGGUGUGGCACAAAGUUAUAACCCAACAAACUACGUGUAAACUAUUUUUCGUGCCGUCAUCUCCAGUUAUGUUAAACAACCAAGCAAGAACAUGAUCGUAAUAUGGAAAAAAAAACGGUGGCUGAUUUUGGCCAUAUCGCACUGUUCUUGUCCUCCAAGCGAAGAUGGAUUGUGUGACAGAGCGCUUGCGAAGAACACAGCGCUCUGUCGCUCUUCGCUUUGUUGGGGCGCUAACACGACAGUACGUCAAGGUCCAAAUCAGUCACCUUACUAGAGUUCAACACAUGGAACAUUUGAUUGCAAAAAACAUGUUUCAUAAUCUUUGAUUGGUAACUUAGUAUGUAAAUUCAAUUAACGUUUUUGGAACUUGUGACUAGUAUGAACCGCUGUCUUUUAUAAUGCUGUUUUUCAUGUGUAUGAGUGUUAGCCUUGAAUCAGAUGUUUGAUGUUUGUGUUGAUAAUUUUCUUCCGUUAUUCACAAUCAAGAUAGCACGAAACUUCAAUAUAAUUCAAUGAUCUUUACUCUUUGUUUGUUUGUCUGUUAACGUAUUUUCAUCUGAUGUGUUGAUAACAUUGUUUUGUUAACAAUUGAAAUACUUUUUUUCAACAUAAUUAUCCAUUGCUUUAACGAUACAAUAUCAAUGUAACAACACUGUCACACCCGUGGUGUCUCACAGUAAUGUUGAUCAGUGAUGAGCGAUAUAACAAAGAGAUACUAGUAUAGGUUGUAAUAUUCACUGACUUCUGGUUUAAUACUUGAAAAUCUUAAAACAUCGUAUGAAACAACUCGCUGUAUUGAUUAAUGGGACAUGUGUUCAGGCUGUCAGAAAGAAAUAGUUUUGUAAUGCCGUCAUAAUUUACUUUUUAUAAUAAACUAAAUAAGUACUGGUAUUUACACAUUAGAUUGUCUGAUUACAUGUAUAAUAGCACGUCUGAGGUGACAGUUUUUUUUGUGAAUGACACAGUUUCUCGGAAAACAUUGCUUCGAGGGUUGUUACACCUAUACAUAUUGUUUAUGAAAAAUAUGCUACAUAUGUAUUUGCGCCUUUUAGGGAGAAUAAAGAACGGCAUACCUCGA